AUGAUUAAACUAAUCGAAAAACUACAACAUAACAACGUUGAAGCUGUGGAUACCAUGUAUGAGGAAUUCAUUGAAGAAGACGACAUUUUGACCGAAGAAGUCAUACAGACUGAAGCGUUGAUUGAUCCAAACAACCCUUAUCACGGCAUUAAUCUUGAGGAGACUAUUCACAUUGAUCGAAUUUUUGAAAGAACCAUCGAAGGAGCAGCAAUACAGGAACUACUGCGAGAGGGAGCACGAAUUAAAGAAACGGACUUGAAGCGCAUAAAUAAUUUAUUAUGCGAAUGCUUGAAAUCUUUGCACGGAUGUCGACCGACAAACUAUCAUAAAAAUCAAAUCGCUUUGUCACUGGUACAGUCAUACCCUAUCCUGGCAACGACGAGUCCUGAUACACCUCAGGCACUGUGGUUUCAUGCCCAUGCACGGGGUGUGAAUCGUCAUGCCGGUAGAAUCCACCACCGUAUGGAAUACUUGGCUAGAAAAUCCGGAGAACGAGUUAUCAAACGUCGGAGGAUCGAAUCAAAUUCAUCGAUGCAGAAUAUUUCGCUUUUGGAACAGUCUUGCCCUGUGGAUAUUCAAUCACUGAUCCAAGAAUUGAAAUUCAUCAUAUCGACUCAAACGAAUAAAGCCCGUUUGAUUGAGUUAAUUGUCUCUAAAUGUGUGUUUUUACAGAUCAGUAUUGAUUACGUCAAGCUGAAGUCCGCUGCCGCACCUUUCUGGGACAAUUGGAACCAUAUUGAAGCAAAAGUUUUGGAGCAAUACCAAAACCUCUACAAGGACAUGAAAUUUGAUUUUAUUCGAGCUUUGUCGAUAAUUCGCAUGAAGAACCCAUCCCGAGGUUCCAAAAGAAAGAAAGAUAACUCCGAGAAAAAUGAUCCCUUAUCAGGCAUCGUAGAAUGGAUUAAGUUGGAAGAUGAGCCACCACAAAUGGAUUCAGCGAUUCCCAUUUUGUUCGUUCGGGGCGAGCAAUUUGAGUCCAGUAUCCAGGACUGUUUUAUACGAUGGAAUGAGUAUCCGAUCCGGCUAGUUUUCAAUGGGAAACAAUCGAACAGAACUCUGCGUCGAAUGCAACCUGGCAAGCAAAUCGGUUGGGGACAUGUCUCCAGCGAAGAGCUUGAAGUUGUCGCGAAAGCUCUGAAGGUUAAAAAAGCUCCUGGUCCGGACGGAAUUCCCAAUGUAGCAUUGAGGACUGCUCUACUGGCGUUCCCGGACAUGUUUAGGACGGUAAUGCAAAAAUGCCUGGAAGAAGGCAAUUUUCCAGAUAGAUGGAAGAUACAGAAGCUGGUGCUGUUGCCAAAACCAGGUGAACCGCCUGGGGAUCCAACAUCGUACAGGCCCAUUUGCUUGUUGGACACCCUCGGAAAACUCUUGGAACGGCUUAUUCUCAACAGGCUAUCAAAGUACACAGAAGGUGAGCGUGGUCUAUCGAAUAUGCAGUUCGGAUUCCGGAAGGGUACAUCGACGGUGGACGCAGUCCGGGCAGUCAUUCAGAGGGCCGAGAUGGCCUCUAAGCAAAAAAGGAGAGGUGGUCGAUACUGUGCUGUCGUAACAAUCGAUGUUAAAAACGCGUUCAACAGCGCUAGCUGGAAGGCUAUCGCUGAAGCACUGCAUAGUAUGCGUGUCCCGGCGUACUUAUGCAGGAUUUUGAAGAGCUAUUUCGAGAAUCGUGUCCUGACUUACGAAACAAACAUCGGGCAAAGGUCGAUCAGGGUCACAGCAGGAGUGCCACAAGGUUCUAUACUCGGACCCAUUCUUUGGAAUGCGAUGUACAAUGGAAUACUAACGCUUAAGCUGCCCAAAGGAGUCGUGAUCGUUGGAUUUGCCGAUGACGUUGUCUUGUCGAUAACGGGUGAGAAUCUAGAGGAGGUGGAAAUGCUGGCAGCUGAAACGAUCGAUAUAUUCGAAAACUGGAUGGCUAGUGUCAGUUUACAAUUGGCUCACCACAAAACAGAAGUUUGA